AUUAUUUCCACUCUCCAUAGUCUUAGUUAUGAACAAUUAGAACGUCGCAUUAUCAGAGAAACCAGCAUAUCACGGAAUCAUUUAACACCGGAAAUCGCUUUACAUUUAAUUACUCCAGAAUGUCGUUUAUUUAAUGAUCCAAUAACCACAGACUCACAAAAAGUGUUUCCAAACGAUCCAUUCUGGGGCUUCUAUUGGCCAGGCGGACAAGCAUUAAGCAGAUACAUUUUAGAUCAUCCCGACUUAAUUAAAGGCAAAACCGUACUAGAUGUUGGUAGUGGUUGUGGUGCCAGCACAUUGGCUUCGUUACUUUGCAAUGCAAAAUACGUAGUGGCAAACGAUAUUGACGAAGUUGCGGCUUGUGCUCUGUUUUUAAAUACAUCAUUAAAUACCCCGACCAAUAGUAGUGGCUUAGAAAGACGCAUUAAAGUAUGCUUUGAAAAUUUGAUUGGAACCAAUAUCACUGAAGAUAUAGUAUUGCUUGGUGAUGUUUUUUAUGACGAGGAGUUUGCUGCUGAAAUCUUACCAUGGCUGCAACAUUUACAAAAAGCAGGAAAACAUAUAUUCAUUGGAGAUCCUGGACGACAUGGUUUAACUGAACACAGACUUAGUUUUAUGAAAAAACUGGCCAGUUAUGAGCUAACCGAUAAUUGUUGCAUUGAAAAUAAUGGCUUUAAAUUUGUUAAUGUUUGGAAAUUUAAAUAAAAUAAAAGGACUCAAUGUACA